AUGUCGGACGACGAGAGAGGUGAAGAGUAUCUCUUCAAGAUAGUGAUCAUCGGAGACUCCGCCGUCGGCAAAUCCAACCUCCUCACCCGCUACGCCAGGAACGAGUUCAAUCCCAACUCAAAGGCCACGAUCGGCGUCGAGUUUCAGACUCAGAGCAUGGUCAUCGACGGCAAGGAGGUCAAAGCUCAGAUUUGGGACACCGCCGGCCAGGAACGCUUCCGCGCCGUCACAUCCGCCUAUUACCGCGGCGCCGUCGGAGCUCUCGUCGUCUACGACAUCACUCGCAGCUCCACCUUCGAGAACGUCGGUCGCUGGCUCGAUGAGCUCAACACCCAUUCGGAUACAACAGUAGCGAAAAUGUUGAUUGGGAACAAAUGCGAUCUGGAGAGCAUAAGAGCGGUGAGUGUUGAGGAAGGCAAGAGUCUUGCGGAGUCUGAAGGAUUGUUUUUCAUGGAGACAUCGGCGCUAGACUCGACGAACGUGAAGACGGCUUUCGAGAUGGUGAUUCGGGAAAUCUAUGGAAACAUUAGUCGGAAGCAGCUGAAUUCCGAUUCUUACAAAGAGGAACUCACCGUGAAUCGUGUUAGCUUGGUUAAGAACGAGAACGAUGGGACGAAGUCGUUUUCUUCUUGCUGUUCGAGGUAA